AUGGAAUCAGCCAAUAAUCCCAAGAGUUUCCUGUUUCUUCCCCCCGAGAUCCGCCUACUAAUCUAUCGAUACUUACUUACCCCGGAAGCAGGCUCCAUCUGCAUCAGCCAAAGACGGUUUUUCAAAUGGAAAUCCGAAGGACCAGAUGUAGCGUUCUUCGAUCCGAUUCUGAAACGCAAGGUCAGGGGACGAUACGAAGCACGAAAUCUCCCUUGCUCAGCACUGCCCUUGUUUCGUUGCAACAGCACCAUCUAUCAAGAAGCGGCCAGAGUAUUCUUCGCUGAAAACACAUUCCGGUUCUACGUCAGCGAUGGCGAGGCUGACUGGGCCUUGUUAUAUGAAUGGCUGGAGAUGAUUGGCAGACGCAAUAUAUGUCGGCUUAAGCAUCUCGAGAUCGUCUACGAGUCUGACGUGAGAAUCCAUGAGGGAAACCAAAGAAUCAGCGCAAGGAAAUGCAACAAUCUGAGUGGGGUGGCCAGGCGCCUGACUGUCGCAUCCUAUGAUACAUGGCUGGACGGGACUUCGCACGACUGGUUCGAAGUCAUCAGUCCGAGGAUUGAGCGGGUUUUCCGAAAGCUGAGCUGGUCCGACAACCCUCUCAUCGUGACGAUGUUGUUGCCUGACUGCCGAGAAGAGCUGGUACCUCGCCUGUUGUAUCCAGAGGUUGAUUUGCAAGAGUAUGAUCCACUGCCCUUGUUCAAUCCUUUUCACCCUCGCGAAACCUCUUUCCAGGAAUGGGAGUACCACCAGGCAGGCGCUAGGUACAGCCCAAAGGAGUUUUGUAUGGUUCCAGAUCUUAUCGAAGGGUAUCGGAAAAAGUACGGCAAAGACACCCUCACUGUCCAAUGGAAGGGAUCUCAAGUUGCCGCUGAAUGGGCUAAGACAAAGGAUCUUCUCCUUCGCUGCGGAUGGGAGAUAUUGCACUGGGAGGAGAAGAGUCUAGGGGCUUGUUACGGGUCAAUUGUGAUUUUUACAUUGAGAUUGGGAAGAGAUCUGACGCAUGGAUGUGUCUAA